CAAUUUCAAUCUCAAUCUCAAAACACCCUUCCUCCAAUUUCACAAAAAUGUCUCUUACAAUUCCAACUAACCUCUCCAAACCCAUCACAACCCUAAGACCCAAACUCACCCAAAAACCUAAACAUUCAUCCACCAUAAUCCACUGCAGCACAAAUCAAGAAUCAAAUUCAAAUUCAAAUUCAAAUCUAAAAGCAUUCUCAGCAGCUUUAGCACUCUCAUCAAUCCUAAUCUCAUCACCACUCCCUGCAACAGCCGAUAUCUCCGGCCUAACACCAUGCAAAGAAUCAAAACAAUUCGCGAAACGCGAAAAACAACAAAUAAAAAAACUGGAAUCAUCACUGAAACUGUACGGUCCAGAUAGCGCUCCGGCGCUAGCGAUAAAAGCGACGGUUGAGAAAACGAAGAGAAGGUUCGAGAACUAUGGGAAACAGGGUUUGUUGUGUGGUGCGGAUGGGUUACCGCAUUUGAUAGUGAGCGGAGAUCAGAGACAUUGGGGUGAGUUUAUUACGCCUGGGGUUUUGUUCCUGUACAUCGCGGGUUGGAUUGGAUGGGUGGGUCGUAGUUACUUGAUUGCUAUUAGAGAUGAAAAGAAACCCACUCAGAAAGAGAUUAUUAUUGAUGUUCCACUUGCUUCUAGAUUGGUUUUUAGAGGCUUCAGUUGGCCUAUUGCUGCUUAUAGAGAGUUCUUGAAUGGUGAACUCAUUGCCAAGGAUGUUUAGUUUCUUUUUUUCCUUCCCACAACAAGACAACAAAGGAUGAUACUGGUCAUAGAUGAAGGAAGGGUGCUUUUAUUGUUCACUUAUGUUGAUCUUUGGGAUACAAUAUUUAUUUAUGCGCUUAUAUUGUAAAUUUGAAUUAGUUAAUGUAAUGUGUGUGAACCGCAAUCAGACUGAUAUGAGUUUUUGUUCGUUUGUCACUUCAA